AUGGGUGAAUAUAUCGGUGACAAUUCACGGAGUCGUAGUAGCGACGAAAGUGGGACGUAUGACGAAUGGAUUCCGUCCUUUUGCGCGCGAUUUGGUCACGAAUACUUCUGUCAAGUGCCGACCGAUUUCAUAGAAGACGAUUUCAAUAUGACGGGGCUUGCGCAGGAAGUAGCGCACUACCGCAAGGCUUUGGACUUAGUGUUGGACUUAGAGGCAAUGAGUGAAGAAGAAGAAGCUGAAAAAGAGCAACCAGUGAGUCGCAGUAUCGUGGAACACGCUGCAGAACAGUUGUAUGGACUCGUACACGCGCGAUUCAUUUUAACAAAGCCCGGUUUACAAGCGAUGGCAGAGAAAUUCGAUCACAAGGAAUUUGGUACGUGUCCGCGGUACUAUUGCGGCGGGAUGCAAAUGUUGCCCUGUGGUGUGAGCGAUUCGGUGGGGAAAAAUUCCGUAAGACUGUAUUGUCCGAGCUGUCAUGAUUUGUACUUGCCGCAAUCGUCCCGGCAUUUGUCGCUAGAAGGUGCUUACUGGGGUACGUCGUUCCCAGGCGUGUUUUUGAAGCAUUUCAAAGAAUUAGAAGAGUAUGUGGACCGCAAGGCUAAAGAUACGUAUCAAUUGCGCGUGUUUGGGUUCCGUGUGAACGACGAAGCUGCGUCCGGUGCACGUAUGCGCUGGCUACGGCAGUAUCCUAUCUCUGAGGAAGAUCAACGUGAAUGGCAACAAUGUGAGUUUCAUAUCCCUCCUUUGCAGCGGGGUGCCUGA